AUGCCAGAUAUUUUAGAGAAUGGAAUACGCUCCAAUAUCAAUGCCUGCAUUUUACCGUCAGAAUCCACGUCAUGCACAACGUUUUCAAAUGGCACAAUGCUUGGCAAGGAUUUCCAUUACACUUCAGAUACGGAACAUCGUCAAAUAUUCAAUCGUCGGCAAGUUAAUCUAGAGUCACAUCAAUUAGUAUGGCUCGAUCCAGAUUUCAACCGGGAAAGUACUUUUAGUAUAAAAAGUCUACGAAAUAUUAUUGACUAUACGAGAGUGUUUGAUAACAGUGAAGAUUGUUUAAAAUACAUCGAAAAAACGCAGGAUACAACAACAUUUUUAGUUUGCUCAAAAAAAUUGGCACCACGCUUUAUUCCUGAAAUACAUCAGCUGCAGCACGUUUUAAGGAUUUAUGUUGAAUCUACAUCAGAAAAUCAACAACCAUGGUUCUCAAACUAUCCAAAAGUUAUAGAAGUCAAGAAAGAUACUACUCAUCUAUUGGAUAAUUUAUCUACAGAUGUUUACAAAUACCUGAAACAUCGGAUAUUUCUGAGCUUUGAUGGAUUUAGUAAAAUCGAAAAGACAACCGAUAACUAUGGUAGCAAUUGGUGGUAUGGUUUUAUUCGUCUGCUAGUUGCGUUACCAUAUCCGAAAGAUUCUUGUCAUAAACUGGUUGAAUUUUUAAGAUUUUACUACGACGGAAACAUACAACAACUUCGUGUAUUAUCAGACUUUGAAGCGAAUUAUAAGUCAAAUGAAGCAAUAUUGUGGUAUACACGGCCAACAAUUGUUUUUGGCUUAUUAAAUAAAGCUCUUCGUCAGCAUAAUAUUGAGGUUAUGUUUCUCUUUGGAUUUUUUGUUCAAGAUUUUUAUCAGCAGCUGAAAACCGAAUUUGAAAAUUUUAAAUCAACACACUUAGAGCAUCAUACAAUAGUUAAAUCUUAUCGUGGGCAAGUGAUGCACGUAGAUGAGAUUAAACAGUUAAAAAUUGGUCAUUACAUAACGAAUAAUAGCUUUUUGUCUACAAGUCUCGAUCGUCGUUUAGCAUCAUUGUUCUUGAAUUCAUUAUUACAGCCUGAUGAUCAAUUUCAAAAUGUUUUAUUUGAAUUUGAAAUUGAUGAUAGACAAGAAAUAUCGAAUUUAUUUGCAAAUAUUUCUUCGCUAAGCUGUUUUCCCGAGGAAUUAGAAUUACUAUUUAUGAUUGGAUGUAAAUUCGAGGUACAAGAUAUUGCAUUUAAUGAGACUGAAAAUUAUUGGCUCGUCAAAAUGGAUUUAGACUACGCUUACCGUUCUCAAGAAUAUCGAUUUAAUGAAAGUACUACUCACGCAAAUCUUCGAGAAGCAUUAAAAUUUUGUUCAAGUGCACUUACGAACUGUAGUACUCAUGUACCAGUGGAAGAUAUCAAUAAGCUGUUCAAUGAAUUGGCUGGUUUAUUUCCGUCAGUAGAAAAAUGGAUUUGGGCUAUUAAAUUAUUUUGUUUGGGACUGCGAAAGUACGAAACAUCACGAAAUAAUAGCGAACCAAUUUCACACUAUAAACAAGCGUUAGAUAUGUGGAAUAAUUACAUAGACGACGACGAAUAUAAUUGCUUGUUGAAUAUUGGUGAGAUACACAAGGUCAUAGCUGUUUGCUUUGAAGCACGACAUCCGCAGGACAAAAAGUCUGCUAUGAUGCAUUGCGAUUUAGCUAUACGUUACAUGAAAUCAGCGGAUGAACAAGUGCAUACGGAUUAUGAAAAAAUAGAUGUAAUGAAUCGACUCGCUAAUACAUAUAGCUGCAAAAUGCAUAUUAGUAAUAAUAUAAAAGAGAAUGCUCCGAUGGUUAUGAAAUACUUAGAACUGGUUAUUCAAAAAAUGUUGAAAUAUUAUACAAAAACUGAUAUUAUGAUUAUUUCGCGUAUGGAACGUCUAGCUAAACUUUUCGUUUUAGUGGAUAAAUACGAUGAUGCUUUGACAAAUUAUAAGACUGUGCUUGAAGUGUACCGACAACAAACAAAACCACCUUUAGAGUGGAUCGAAGGUGUUUGUGAAAGUGUGGCUAAUAUCUAUGUCAAACAUAAAUAUAAUUAUGAGUCAGGACUUCACUAUCAAUUAAUCAGGCAUGAGUAUGCAUUGAAGUCUCAAGCAAUGUAUCGAAGUGAUGAUAUUAAUGAUAUUAAUAGUAAAAAACACCAAAUAGCGUUGAGCUAUGAAAAGUUAUCGGUCAUUUACAUUAAGCUACGCCAGUAUAAUUUAGCAAAUACAAAUUUAUCUCUAGCUGUGAAAUUGUAUGAAGAAAUACUAGAAUCAGCAGAUUUAUUUGGUACGGUGCACCGAAUUGCAGAAACUAAAGUGGCAUUAGCAGACAUUGCCAUGAAUUUGCAUCAAUACGGCUUGGCAUCUGAGCAUUUGCACAGUGUCAUGCGAUUGUGUGAAGGAAGACCGAAAUUCUACGAUGAAAAGAGCAAAGUUGCUGAUAUGGAUAUCAAAUUAUCAAAUCUCUAUGCAGAAUUACAGGAGAAUAAUAUGGCCGAUCAGCAUUUAACAAGAGCGCUCAAUACCUAUCGAGCAAUGAGUGAUUCGCAAUUUGCAUGUAGAGCGAGAGUUAGAACAGUUAGCAACGGUCGUAUACAACGGCAGAAACGUUCGCUGACGAUUAUUUAUCUAAAAAAAUGCAAUCGGAUACGAUCGAACCUCGUCGUAUUUCUUGAUUCGAAGAUCAAGACUAUAUCUCAUCGCGUUAUAUACAACGAAAUACGAUUCAUAUGUAGUUGCCAUCGAUGA